GGUUAAGCUCAUUAGUCAUUAAAGCUCUCUCACAAAAUCCGCCUGUUAUUGCUUCCUCUAAAACAUGAAGCAAAAAAUAGUGAUCAAGGUGAAUGACUGUGACAAAUGCACAAGAGAGGCCAUGAACAUUGCCUGCAAAGCAAAUGGUGUGAACUCAGUGGCAAUAGAAGGGUCUGAUAGAGAUCAGUUGGUGGUGAUUGGUGAAGGUGUUGACUCUGCUAACUUGACCUGCUCGUUAAGGAAGAAGCUUCGCUAUGCCACUUUACGGAGCGUGGAAGAAGUGAAGGCAAAACCAAAACCAGAAGAGAAACCAAAACCGGAAGUUCAGACGCCAAACAAACCCCCAUCUUCAACAUGUUCUUGUGGCUGUCCUCAGUUACCCAUGUGCCCUCAAUAUCCACCACAUCCCAUGUUAUAUGAAGCGAAAGUCUAUGAUUAUACUCCGAGUCCAAGUUACUGCCCCAUCAUGUGAUAUCCAACGU